AUGUCGUUCUUUGAUGAAGACCGCGUGAUGGAGAGACUCGACCCACUACAGGCCAAUCUGGAGGUUUUACGUGAAGAACUCCGCCAGGACUUGCGCAUCGCAAACGGCACUCACACAGGCAUGCCGCAACCCCCUGCUCGUCGAUCUCAUCGCGGUACACCAGACCUCUUCGCCAACACCUCGCUCGAUGAGAGUCUCAACGCUCUUCCCGCCGCGCCACCCCGACUCGUUCCUCAUCGCCAAGAUAGAGAGGCCGCGCAACGCCAGCGGAAUGACGAGUUCCACGUCCGCCAGUUCCGUCGUCAACUCGCCCGCAAUGAGCAGCAGGCCGCGGACGCGAAGAUCAAGGCCGACCGUCGCGCAGAUCGUCUGAAUGCCCACCGCCGCCAAGAAGCCGAUGUUCACGCCGCCGUUGCGAGAGCAUUCGAGAACUGGAAGACAGACUCGCCAGCGACAUUCGAGCGAUUCCGAACACAUCAAGUCCACGCCCUCUACGCCGCCACCAGCGCCGUUCGCGUGACGGACAUUCUGCUUUGGUUCGGAGACAUGCCUGCCGAUGCCACGAAAGCUCUGGAAGAUCUCGCCAAGUACCUGCACGUCGAGGCGGUUCUUCAGACUGAUCUCAACUCUGCAGAGCGCGCGGAAGCCUUUGGAGAGGGCGAAGGCGCACCGUUUCUGAACCCAGAGAUUGCUCACGCGUCCAAGAUGACCAGCGUCAACAAGCGCGGCGAGGAAGCAACCUACCAGUCGCACUCCAUCUACGGUAUGGGCAAGGAUCAUGCCUCCCUCUCCAAGCUUGCACUCGACUUCACUGGCGAAGGCGAGGAGAAGACGCGUGUGCUGCGCAUUGAAGGCGCUUUCAACAUCCGCAAGACGCUUUUGGAGACCGCUCCCCUGGAUUCUCGCUUCCCAAAGGUAUCACUCUCCAAGAGCAUCGACGGCCGAAUCAUGGAUUGGUGUCGAGCAGCAUUCUCCUCUCUCACCAGCAUUCGCGAGGGAGCUCACGCCACCAACCUCCCAACCGACGUCAAGAAGCGUUGCAUCUCGCUUCAAAACCACAUCAUGACACUCAUCGGCCAUCUCGAGAAGCGCAUCUCUGCUUACAACCAGAUGACCGAGCUCAUCUCCACCCAUCUGCUUCAGAAAUCUAAGACGUGGAAGGAGACCACGGACGCUGCGGAAAAGGCUUCUCUGUAUGGCGAAAUCUCCGAGAUCGUCACGAAGCUCGAGCAGUGCGAGGAGGAGUAUGGAGAUAUUCUCCCACUCUGGCGUAUCUAUGUGCCUUGGAUUGAGAAUGGCGAGGAGAAGGACGAAGGCGGGGAUUAG